UAUUCGAAUUGGCACGAAGUUCGAUUUUACGUCUGGAGAAAUUCAGUCUCAUUAUUGUAAGAGUUUAAAAAGAAGUGAGUUGCGUUGGUGUAAUACUCUAGCCGGUGAACAUGACGGAACAAAAGAGCGGCGAAACUAAAAAGAGCGAUUCAGAUGUUCCUCUGGGGAAGAAUAUGGACUUAAGUAGCGCUAUAGCUUCUGCGGUAAAUCAUGUCCUAGAUGGCUACGACUGGUCUUUAAUUCCGCUGCCUGUGAGAGUAAACGGCGGACAUAAACAUAAACCGCAUGUGAAGAGACCUAUGAACGCUUUUAUGGUCUGGGCGCAAGCAGCUAGAAGAAAAUUGGCCGAUCAGUAUCCUCAUUUACACAACGCUGAACUGAGCAAAACGCUUGGGAAACUCUGGAAACUGCUCAACGAUGCCGAGAAGAAACCAUUCAUCGAGGAGGCCGAGAGACUCCGGCUUAAGCACAAGAGAGAGCACCCUGAUUAUAAAUACCAGCCUCGAAGGAAGAAGCAAAAAGGCAACGGAGGUCCUGAUCAACCUGAAGCAACAAUCUCAGCUGAUGAUCUGUUGAAAGUCCUAAAAGGUGAUACCCAACUGAUGCCUAAAUCUGGAUGUGGCCAAGACGGCAACUGCGCGAGUCCAGCAAGUAGUUUGAGCGGUGAAGAAGCCAGUAGUCCGGGAUCCAGUAGUUCAGCCACUUCACCGCCAACCACACCAACGGCCACUGUCAAGUUGGAAGGUGGACUGAAAUUCUCUGAGGCAAGCGUGGCAGACCAUGACAUCCAAUGUCCUUCUUCCAGCUUUGCCGCGUGCCCGAAGAAAACAGAGCCGAACGGAAGCAGUGACAGCAACAGCAAUAACGCGCUUGAUUUUCACGUUGAAAUGGGCGACCUGACCACAGAUCUAAUGGUGGACACCACAGAGUUCGAUCAAUAUCUGCACUCGUACACCCAGCCACUGCUAUCAAAUCCUCCUUCCUCAGCCCCAUCGGCAACCUUCACCUCUCACGGCUUCACUCAAACGCAUGGAGCGUCCAAGUUUGUGUCAAAUAACAAUUCUGUCUCGUCCAGCUACACAGAAUUUAUGGAGCAACUGCAGAAACUUCCCUCCUCGUACCCACCAAAUCAAGUCGCUCCCUCGGCUCUGCAGCAGAGGAACCAACCUGACAACGGCGCGUUCCAAUUUUCGUUCGGCGACACCGAAGUGAGUGGAAACAGUUCUCGACCGUUCACAAUUUCCGAUGUCCCCUCUAUUGUUAUUCCAGCUUCGACAACCUCUGCAGCGCAGAACCCUCAGUCAUCUCCUUCCCGAAUGCACACGCUUGUUUGGAAAUGAAGGUUUUGAAGGAUCACGAACAUUAUGGACGAAUUUAUAGCUCCUAUGGAGCUGGAGCGAGCUCGUUAAUUUAAAAUGGAGUUCAUAGCGUGUCUUCUGACUUUAGAAGCACCAAGGUUUGCAUAGGUUUUUUUUUUUUUUUUUUGCCGUGUAAGUAUUGCACGAUUAUUAGAAAAAUGAGCAGCUUUCUUUGCGAAAUAAUCAAGCAAUUCGUGCGCUUUAGGCAUUUUAUUUUAUUUCGACGAAUUCGCCAACCAUUUUAUAAACUUUUGUACAGAGUUCUCGUUUUUACGUCUGAGAGCUGACAAAAAUUUUUUAUUGCUUAACAGUUUUAUUCGAGACAUCAGCUGACAAGCGAGGAAAAAAGUAUGCAGGACGCUAGUGUUCUCCUCUAUAGCAAAGCUUCCUAACUUUUGAUUUAUCGUAUUCCCUUACACUUGAGUGGUUGCUAAAGGAAACUUGAUUUGCCAUUCUAUCCACAUGUAAAUACUAGAUCGAUAGGGAUGAUAGCUUUUGUAAACGUCUUGGAGCAAUAACCGUGAAACUAUCUAUGUUUAUUAAUUUCUGCCUUAGGCAAAACUCUCGUUUUCGUUAGAUCUAUUAUUGGCGGAAUAAAAUAGUUUUUUGCGAGGGUGAAA